AUGUCUCCAAGGUUACUCAUGCAUGAUAGACAGAGAGAUCAUAUAUCUUGUAGUUGUGGAAAAUUCGAGUUUGAUGGUAUUCCUUGUAGACACAUGCUAGCUUUCUUCCGCAUUAAUCAAAUAUUUGAACUACCUGACAAGUAUAUACUCAAGCGGUGGACACGAGAAGCUAAGAUUGGUGUAGUAUAUACAAUAGAUGAUGAGAACUCCAAUGAUGCUCCAACAAGAUUUUUGAUGUCACGACAUUCCAAGUUAUCAUAUAAAGCUUCGAUAUUGAUUGAUGUUGCAUCUUUGACUGAUGAAGGCACAAAGUUUUUCGAUGAACAACUUGAUUUCAUAGAUAGUAAACUCAAAGAAAUGGGUGUUAGUCCAACAACUGAAUAUGGAAGUCAAAGAAGGAAAAGCUCAGAUAAAGCCAUAAAUAUUGGCGAUCCUUGUCAAAUAAGAGCAAAGGGCUGCGGUAAGCAAAUGCUAUCAUCAAAAAAGAAGUCAACUUUAAAGCUUAGGGCUUGUCAUGGAUGUGGGCAACGUGGAUUAUCACAUGACAAACGUAAUUUCCCAAGUUUAAAUGAUGGAUCUGUUGCAGGUUUUGGAAAUGAGCAACAAGAAUGA